CCGAGCCGCGCAUGGGCUUCAAGGCGCGUGUGUCCAUCGCAACCUGUGGUGGUACCUACUACGGCAGAAGGGGCUCGUUGACAAUAUCAAGAAAUGCAUACACCACAAACAGGAACUGCAGCUACCACAUCAUGGGACCCUCGGGCCACUAUAUGCGUCUGUGGUUCCGAACACUGGACCUUGAGAGCAGUCCCAACUGCACCAGGGACUACGUCGAGAUGCGCGACUUCAACAGCACAGGCGAGGUGCUGGGUCGAUUCUGCGGCAGCGAACGUGGUACCGGCGUGGCAACCUCGGCCAAUUCCGUCCACGUGACGUUUGUAACGGACGCUCACCAAACGGACAACGCGGGCUUUCUUAUGAGGUUCCGGGCCAGCAUGGAAGGUUGCGGUGGCUGGCGGUACGACUCGGCCGGCGAGCUCAGCAGCCCAGGCUACCCUCACGGCGUGCCGCGCCGGCGCCGCUGCAUCUGGCGGCUGCAGGUGCCCGAGGGGCGCCGCAUUCGCCUGGAGACCGCGGACUGGCAGCUGCCGCCGGCGGCGCGCAGCGCGCGCGGCUGCCGCUCUUGGCUGACGGUGUUGGAUGGAAUAGGCGCCUCGUCUCCCCAUCUGAACUUCACGGAGAGCGCCUACUUCUACUGUGCGCCGGACGCACCUCCUGUGAUCAACUCCACCGGCAAUCAGAUGACCAUCAUCUUCUCUUCGCGCGUCGGCAGCACCUCGGCGAGAGGGUUCCGGAUGCGCUACUCGUCGAACGAGCCGGCCUUGUGCGGCGGAGCGAUAACCAGCGCGCCCGGCUCCCUGGCGUCGCCCCAGUACCCGCUGCCGUUCGGAAGCCCUGCAGAGUGUCGCUGGCAGCUGACCCUGCCCAGCGUGGCCAACGCCAGCACGCUCGUCACCUUCAACGCCUUCUCGCUGCCCGACUUUGGCGAAUGUUUGCAUCUGAGUCUCCGCGUGAAGCCAGAUGAGCUGGGUGAGACUACCGAAGUCGUCUGUGGAAACACAACAGUUCCUCCACCGCUCCACAUCCCGUUCACGGAUUUUCAGCUGACAUAUGCGUCCCCAGGAGAGCCCUGGACAUCAUUCUUCAGCCUGACGUAUGCCGUGAAGCCGUGCGGAGGCCUGGUCAGCGGACCGGGGCAGCGCAUCUACUCGCCCGGCUAUCCGUCUGAUUACCCCAACGGCAUGGACUGCGCCUGGCUGGUCGAGUUCGAGCACCAGCAGACGGCUCGGGUGCGGUUCGCCUGGGUUGACCUCGGCCCGGGUGACUACGUGUCGGUGCUGAACGGGCCGGGCUCAACGUCGCCGCAGCUGCGCCGACUGACCGGUUCCUCCACGGCGGCGGUGGCGCUGCACGGCCAGUCCAGCCGGCUGCUGGUGGUGUUCCACAGCGACAGCUCCGGCCAGCACCGCGGCUUCCAGGCCGAGACCGAGUCAGGGUGCGGAGGCGUGUACCACACAAUGGAGGGCGCUGUGGAGUCUCCCGAGUUCCCGGCUGACUACGCAGCCUCCAUUGAGUGCGAGUGGGAGGUGCGCGCGCAGCCGGGCUACCGACUCCAGCUCCGCUUCGUCCAGAAGUUCGACCUGGAGACCAGCGAGGGAUGCCAGAAUGACUUCGUGCAGGCCCAAUGGAGCGCGAUCUGUGGAGAGGACUUUACGGGUGAAAGUGGUGAAUUCAGCUCGCCUGGCUAUCCUAAUGGCUACAAGAACAAUUUAGACUGCGUGUAUCGCAUCUUGACAAUGCCCCAGGACUACGUGACUCUGAACUUUGUCGGUCCGUUCUUCUUGGAAGCCUCUCCCUCGACACCGGCACCCAGGGAGCGAGCGAGCGAGUGA